GUUCGUAGCUAGUUGUGAUUUUUUCCCAUUUCAAUUCCGAGUUCAAUAAUUGAUUUCAAUGGCGCUCCCCAAGGCAAAGGAAAUCGUUUCUACAAACUCCGUCGUCGUUUUCAGCAAAACCUACUGUCCGUUCUGCGUGAGUGUGAAGAAAUUGUUGACAGAGCUCGGCGCCUCCUUCAAGGCCAUUGAAUUGGAUACCGAGGGUGAUGGAGCUGAACUACAAUCUGCUCUGGCUCAGUUGACCGGUCAACGCACUGUGCCGAAUGUGUUCAUCAGUGGGAAGCACAUUGGUGGCUGUGAUGCUACAACUGCACUGCACAAACAAGGAAAGCUUGUUCCGUUGCUCACCGAAGCUGGAGCAGUCGCCAAGUCUUCUGCUUAGACUAGUCGACGAAUCAGUAUUUCGUUAAAUAAAUUUGAAUGCUCUACAAUAAUGAAGUCCAAGUAUUGUGUUACUUAGGUUGUUAUGCCUCCUGCAUUAUUACUAUCUGAACUGCAUUUUACAUUUGCUGUUGUGUACUGUACGCCUUUAUAUGUUUUGACAAAAUAAAAAAUCGGUUCGAAAUACUUUUCAAACUUAUAUAUGUAUAAUCUCCAUUGAAUCCGAAAUGAAGUAAAACAUUUAUUACACGUAA